AUGAUGAAGCCAUUUUCUUGUUUAGCAUUCUUCAUUUUUCUACUUAAUUAUUUGGUUGUAAAAGAGGCAAAUGGUUCUCUUAGAGAGUUAAAGCUUUAUGAAUUCCAAAAAGGACUUGAAGACAAACAUUUCCAUUAUUCUUCCUCUUUCAUCUAUUCAUCACCACCUUCAACUUCUCCACAACCUUCUAUUCCCACCUCCAAUGCCAAAAAGAGUGAAGGAGGGGUUAUAUAUCCAAUAGGGUAUGGUGCAGAUCCAAGAGGGACAAGUGAUAGUAGUGAAGCUAUAAAAGAGGCUAUUGAUGAUGCAUUGAAAUUGCAAAAUAAUGGACUUACAUUGCUGCCUGGUAUUAGUGAUCUUGGUGGUCUCAUUAUUGAUUUUCAAGGUGGAAAUUAUAAAAUCAACAAUCCUAUUGUAUUUCCUCCUGGCAUUGGCAAUAUUAUGGUAAAAGGGGGAACACUAAGGGCAUCUGAUACAUUUCCGGGUGAUAGACAUCUAAUUGAACUAUGGUCACAAGACUCUCCCAAGCUCAUCAAAGACAACAACAUUUCCCACCACCAUAGUAACAUUUUCGAUAGACGUGACCAAAACAUCGCGAUUCGUUAUGAGGGCAUUACGUUCCAUGACAUCCUCUUCGACUCAGGCUAUCGAGGAGGAGGUCUAUAUGUAGUUGACUCAGCUAGAAUUCGCGUAACAAGUUGCUUUUUCGUUCACUUUAACACGGAAGGAGUCCUUGUCCUGAGGGGCCAUGAGACCUUUAUAUCGAACACGUUCAUGGGCCAACAUCCAACCGUUGGUGGAGACAAAGGUGAGAGAGAUUUCUCAGGUAUAGCAAUUGAUCUUGCUAGCAAUGACAAUGCAAUUACUGAUGUUACAAUUUUUUCAUCAGCAAUUGGAAUUGUACUUAGAGGUGAGGCUAAUAUUGUCACAGGGGUACAUUGUUACAACAAGGCAACAUAUUUUGGUGGAGUUGGUAUUUUAGUUAAAGCAUCACAAAAUAGAAUAGACAAUUGUUACCUCGACUAUAACUCUAUAGUCAUUGAGGACCCUUUCUUAGUUCACAUCUCAAAUGGAUAUUUUCUUGGAGAGGGAAAUGUUGUUUUGAAAGCGAUUAACGGUCGAAUUUUCGGACUAAAUGUGAUUAACAACAUGUUUAGUGGUAACCCCACAAAAAUGACACCAAUUUUGAGUUUGGAUGGAGAGUUUAAUGAUAUUGAUCAAGUCGUUAUUGAUCAAAAUAAUGUGAAUGGCAUGAGUUUGAAGUCUACUAGUGGAAAAUUAAGUGUUGCUGGAAAUGGGACAAAGUGGAUAGCUGAUUUUUCAUCAAUUCUUGUGUUUCCUAAUAAGAUAAAUCAUGUACAAUAUUCAUUUUAUUGUAGAGGAGGGGUUGUUGGAUUUCCAGUACAUGCUAUAACAAAUGUAUCAAGUAAUGUUGUGGUUAUUGAGAGUGAAAAAAUAGUUGAUGGUGUGGUGUCAGUUUUUGUUGAUCAACAUAAUAUUGUGGGUGAAAAGAAUUUUUUCAUGUGAA